AUGGGGAUAUGGUAAAGUAACUUGCAAACCUCAUCUAUAUCAAGCCUCCUGCUUUAAUAAUUUGAGACCCAGAUGGCUGAACCAAAACAAUUUGGAUGACAUAGUAAUCCAAAAUGAUCCCAAAUUAAUCUUCUUAUGUUGAUGUAUGAUAAAACAAUCAAAGCAAAGCCAAUAGAAUUCCCAUCCACAAACACUCCACCAAUCCGUAACAAUGGCUACUUGGCUCUCUCUUUCCAAGUUCCUUUCCUCCUUUUUGCCUUCCAUUCCUCUACCACCACCGCCGCCGCCGCCCAAAGCGCCUCUUCUCAACAACCUUUCACUCUCAUCCCAAAAGCCCAAAAGCACUCUCCUUUCGUUGUCAGCUCAAGAGGAUCAAUCCCCUUCAUCAUCAACUGAAUUGUCAUCAGUAAUAUGCCCUUCCCUUGCAUAUUCGAAUACCCUUUUCUUCAAAUCAGCUUACAACGUUCAGGUUAUUGUGGAUGAUAAUGAACCUGAAGAAAAGCUGCUUAACAGGUUCAGAAGGGAGGUGAUGAAAGCUGGUGUUAUUCAAGAAUGUAAAAGAAGAAGGUUCCAUGAGAAUAAGCAAGAUGAGAAGAAACGAAAGUCACGCGAGGCUGCUAAGCGUAAUCGUAGAAGGCGUCCCCAAGCAAGAUACUCGCAACCGAGCAAACAAGAAGAAUCGUCAAAGAAGAAGGAUGGGGAUGACGAAGAUAACUGGGACAUGCCCGACGCAGACUUUCCCUAUUGAUCACAUUUAGCCAUGCCUUUUUAGUUACUAAUCUUUAUCUUUGGUUCUUGGUUGAACCCUCACCCUGUAAAUGUUUUUAGUAAAAAUGUUCAUUCCUUAAUAGAUUUCAAGGCAGUUUAUACAUCACCAUGAUUUUCCUGACCUUAUUAAGGCAGUUAGUAUCAGUUAUAUGUUGAAA